GAUCUUUCACUAGUUCUUGUACUCCACUCAUGUUUUGUGCAUCACUGGCUGAAUGCUGAGCGACCUUUGAGCUAGCUAAUUAGAAUUCAGUCUAGGGGUGGCUGAUGUGUUUGUUCAUGGAUUGGUUGAUUACAUGUUGUUUUCCUUUCCAAAGUUAGAACUCGUUUAUGAUCUACCCAUUGGAUGCAGUACCUUGAAAACUAGUAACUGCUUUUCUUUUUAGCAUAGAAAGGAUCCUAAUAUCAUCUUUUCAUGAUCAGGUGGAUUUGGUUAGAAUUAAUCUGAAUCUUCAGCAUGUCUGUGUAAGCAACCGUUCGGUUUGAUCUUCUCGAUUCUGAUGUGUUGAUUCUAGAGGUUGGAAGCUUGGAGCUGCGGAGCUUUUUGGUCCCGACAGGAUCCAACAUAUACUUUUGACAAAUUCCCCAUUUGUUCUUUAAUUUGGAUUACGAGUUCUCUUUUCUGACAACAAGAUUUUGCUGUUGGUUCUUGAGCCCCUCCACUCUCUCUCUCUCCCGGUUAAUAUAUAAGAUGAUAUGUUGUUUAUUCAGUAAUUGCAGAGAGCAAAGGCGAGAAUCUGCAGCAGCACGCAGUUGUUGGAUUACGGCGGCGACCAUGACCGGCGAGGCAAGCAAAGGUCGGAGUGGAGGCGGCCGAGAGGGACGCGCAUCGUCCUCCCGGCAGCGCACCGAUGUUGCUAGUGAACUAGAACUACAAGAAGCAUCAAGCUCCGCGGUUUCGCCGCCGCACCCGAACCCCGGCGACGCGGAGGCGGCACCGGCCGCCGUCGCGAUCCCGCCGGCGCCCGCACCCCUUCAUGACCUGGCCCAAGGUGCGGAGGCCGCUUCUGCAGCGGGGAGGAGUAACGAGAAGGAGGAACAAGUAGAACUCCGCAAGGUCCAGAAGGAUAUCGAGUUAGGGGCACUUGUUGCCGGCUUCUCCUUCUCCGUGGCGAUGACCGGCUUCUUCCUCAGCCCGCAAGCGACGGGGCGGCAAGCCAUAUACAUCGACAUCUCGAUGUUCCUCGCCUUCUCAUCUUUCGUCUGUGGCUGUACGUUCAUGUUGCUGAGAAUGCAGCGGCUCAGCGCCAGGGAGGAGCACAUCUCUGGCUUCCACCACGCCAUCUCCAAGUGCCUCUUCUAUCUUUGCUGCGUUCUACCGGUGCUGACAAUACUUUGUCUGCUGCUGGUUAUGCCGCGCAAGCCUUACAUCUACGUAGGACUCGGCGUCCUCGCGGCGGCCGUGGUGCCGGUGGCCCUCAUGCACUGGUACGUGAGCCGCAAGACCCAGCUGGAAACCAACGACACGGCACCUGAGGAUGUUGAGCAGAAUGCAAUGAGCCGCAAGACCCAGGAAACCAACGGCACGGCGCCUGAGGACGACGAUGAGCAGAAGGCGAUGGAGUCCAGCUAUAAGAUCACCUCGGCCAUCGUCCCCAUGUCGUUGGCGGGCCUCGUCGGCGUGCUCUUCGGCGUCUACAAGGGGGGCAGCAGCAGUGGAGGCGCCGGCGGCGACAUCUCCGGCUCUGUCCACGUCGUCAUCAUGUGCAUGUUCAUCACCUCGAUGUUAAGCAUGCUCCUGAUGAUGCUGUGGAUGAAGGUCCUGGAGAGCAAGAAACCGAAGCUCCGGGAGUUCUUCGUCAGAGCUACUAUCCCGCGUGCCAAUGCGGCCCUUCUAGCCUUGCUCGCGAUCGCCGCCUUCGCCGCGUCGUUUGGGAUCCUCAGGUGGUACAUGGUAGCCGCGUUCCUGACUCUCGCCUUGGCUGCCACCGUCCAAUUCGUCAUCCAGCACUGCACCAGAGAGCAGAAUGCCGUGCGAGCUAGCCACAACGAGACGCAGCUCAAGUGGAUGGCGGACAUGGCGAGCAAGACGACACCGUGGUCUCUGGGGAUAGUCAUGGCGAUCUUUGGAGGCUUUCUUGGAGACGAUGAUAAAAGCAAGGACAAGAUGGUGGCCCUUAAGGUCUGCAUGUUCUUAUCGACCUCGGCGUUCACGUCGGGCCUUGGGCUCAUGUACCUGACCAUGCGACCGGGAGAGUCAGCCAGAGGAGGUACCUCCAAAGCGGCCAUGACCAUACUGGCUUGGUCUGUCAUGGUGUUGCUUUCUGCAGCCGCGCUUGCUAUCUAUGGCGUCGAAGUUAUGAAGUCAUAGCAUGCGUGCAUGAAGAAGGGAAAAUUUAGCAGCUGAAGAUGGCAAAAGAUGAAAAGAAUACGCACCUGAAGAAAGAAGGUGCCACCAGAGUUGACCUCACCUGCCUCCCCAUUUUAAACUCUAUCAAUUUCCACCCUUUGGACCAAUGUAGAAAGGGGCAAUAAUGCUUGCAUUUUUAAAGCAGGCCCUCCUACUCCCUCCGGGCUGAUAAUAUUGAGAAAAUCUAUUGUGUACCCUGAAAUUUUAGCUAAUCCCUUCUAUACCCUUAAAUUUUGCUUACUUGUGUAAAAUCAAAGUGUGUUUGAUUAUUAUUCUGUGAUGAACAAUUGGCAUCUGAGAUUAUUGGUUUUGAUAUUUGGCGAUUACUGACGAAGUGGUUUUGUAGAUGAUUGCAUUUGCAGGUGAUGAUGGACAGUUGGUCUGGUCAGAUUGAGCAAGGGUUGCCGGUCAGACCGGCGUGUAUCGAGCGGUCUGACCGCCCAACCCACGGUCUGACAGGCCGACUCUGUGUUGGUUUCGGUUUCGGGUUGUUUCAUUGGAUAUCCGUGGAUUGUUCAUGUUUAUGACUUCUAGAUGGAUACUAUGCGUAUGUAAUACUGUUGUUUGCUAAUAAUGAAUCAAUUUGGAGAUAGCUUGGUCUCGGAAUAUGGUUCCUUUAUUUGAUUCUUGUGUAGGUGUCUUGAUACCUCGGGAGAGUAUUGCCGGUGAUGGAUCGAGAGUCAACUUGGACAUAAGGUGACAUCCGAACGGUCAGAUAUCGUGUAAGAUACUUAGGCUAAAGAUCAAUGCACGUGGUUGGUGAAGAUUCCGUAUGGCAUACGAUGGAGAUAUUGUGUGAGUAUGGGAUGCGGAGUCGAAUUUGGAAGGAGUCCAAAUUUGGUACAAUUACAAUUUGUAAAGUUGGUUUCUUGUACGGGAAGGUUUCCUAGGUGGAUUAGGACUUCUUGUAUGAGUUUGCUUCGUGGCUUUAGGCUGCCCACCUCAUGUAUAAAUAGAGAGGGAAGGUGAGGCCUCCCGGAAUCGCUUUAGAUAGCAUUGAGUUGAGAGAAUAGUUUGGUUAA